AUGGAGAAGGAAUCACACUCGUCCGAGAGCCCUGGCACUGACCAGGGCAAGACGGAGCAGCAGCAGCAACAACAACAACAACAACAACAACAACAACAACAUCAACAGCCUCAACACCAACCCGGCGAUGCGCCGCAGCCAUCACCGGCCGCAGCGCCGGACGCCGCUCCCAUGCCGGCACCCCCUCUGCCGCAGACCCGGAGCCUCCCCCAGUGGCUCGACCACUUCAACCGCCGAGACCUCACCACCACCCUCCGCUGCACCAUUGCCGUCUGGGUCGCCUCGCUGCUCAUGGUCGUCAACCCCAGCCUCUACCGCCUCGGCCAGACCACCUUUCUCGCCUCGGUCGUCAUCUACAUCAUCCCGCCCGCCGGCAACCUCAUCGUCGCCAUCAUCGGCUACCUCUCGCUGCUCUUUGGCAUGUGCCUGGCCUGGGCCUGGGGCCUGGCCACCAUGCGCGCCGCCCAGGCCGUCCGCUCCCCGGCCGAGCUCAACGCCCGCCUCCAGGCCCUCCAGCAGCAGGUCGGCGCCACCGCGAACGCCACCGGGAGCAACAACACGGCCGCCAUCGCCACCGUCCUCGUCCACGACGGCUUCAUGCUCGACACCCGCGUCACAGUCGUCUACUUUGUCAUGGGCUGCAUCUUCAUCUACUUCAUCAGCCGCAUUCGCUACACCUUCAACCUGACGGUUCUCGCGCAGCUCUUUGGCAUCAUUGCCAUUGACAUCUUCCUCGUCAUCGGCCCUACUCUCACCCGAUGGACUCCUCGCCUGCCCGAGGUCGUCAUCCUGCCCGCAGCUUGUGGUUGCGCCAUUGGCAUUGCCUGCGCCCUCUUCAUCUUCCCGCAGUCUACCAGCCAGGUCGCCGUCGGCCAGAUUGAGGACUUGCUCAUCAUGCUGAACCAUCCCAUCCAGACCGGUCGUCAGUUCGUUGCCGGCUCUCUCGACUUUGACGUCAAGCUCCUCAAACGGUCCAAGCGACGCGCCAUCACGCUCUACGCCCAGCUCCAGCCCAACAUGGCCUUUCUCCCCCUGGACGUGUCCCGCGGGCAGUGGAGCUCCGACGAUGUCAAGUCUGUCUACACAAAGUUUCAGGGUGUAUUGGCAACUACCUUUGCCUUGCUCGAUUUCCAAAUCGCCCGCGUCACUAGCCAGGAGAAAAUAGACAAGCUUCGCGAUAUGCUCAACCCGCAACAGACGGACUCGUCCGACGGCAAAGAAACGAAACCCCGUGACCCUCGUCGCGCCAAAAUCCUGCAGAAUCCCGACUUGAUCAAUGCUCUCAUCGCGCCCGGAACUGUUGUCGGCUCCGAUGAUAUGCGCGACGCCUUGCACGACAGCUCCGAGGCCGUCUUGGAUGCCACCGCCGACGCCAUCAGCCAUGUCGUGGAAGCUUUGCGCCUUGUCAACAUGAAUCGCUGGUUCGUUUCCAAGUCAGCUCGUGCCAGACGUCCCCAAGCUGCCCUUGCUGUCAGACAGAUCGGCGCCAGACUCGCCCAGGCCCGUGAGGCUUGCAUUGCCGACACCACAAAUGCUGCCAUCGACAUUCACGGCAACUUGUUCGACGACGACGGCCUUCUCAAGACCGAAAUGAAGGAUGAGUCCAAGAAGAUUGCCGGUCUUGUCAUUGCCUUUGUCAUCGAAGAGCACAUCAUCGCUAUAGCGGCCGCCUACGAGAAACUGACUGCAGAGGUAGCUCGGCUGCUGGAAACACGAACCAAGAAUCAGCUCUGGGGCCCCUUGAAACGUCGUUUCGCCCCCAGCGCCAGCGCCAGCGCCAGCGAGGAACCCAGCGCACCAGCCUUGUCCGGACAGGCCGUUACCGACCCGGACCGAAUCCAAAUGCAGACCAGAGAAACGGAGAGACGCAUCAAAGUCGUGUCCAAGGGACAAGGCAUUCCCAAAAAGCGCGGCAACCCAAUAGCCAGAGCCAUUGCCGCAAUUUCCAACUGGCUGACGGCCCCCGGCAGCCUCUAUGCCCUGCGUGUUGUCGCCGUAACAGUCGCUACCGGCAUCCCAGCCGUCAUUCCGCACACUGCCGGCUUUUACUACCGCGAGAAGGGAAUUUGGACACUUGUCACGGCACAAACCUGCAUCCUCAUGUACAUGUCUGACUUUACCUUUUCCAUCAUCACUCGUGCCGUGGGAACCAUCUUUGGUGGGCUUGCCGGCCUAGUCAUUUGGUAUAUUUCUGCCGGUAACGGCGGCGGCAAUCCCUAUGGCCUAGCUGCCGCCUUGCCCUUUGGGAUCAUUUUCUUUGUUUGGGCUAGGCUGUGGCUCCCGCAGGCAUACCUGCAGGGUACAGGACUGGGAGCGUCUACGUUCGCCAUGGUCAUCGGCUACAGCUGGGACAUGCACCACUUCACUGUUUAUGGCUUGCCCGGCCUCGGUUACCAGACGUUCUGGAGACGCUUGGUUACUGUUCUCAUUGGCUUUGUGGCCGCUUUGAUCGUGCAGAUGCUGCCCAAACCCCCUUCAGGCACGCACCACGUCGCAAAGACGCUCGCCAACAGCUUGCACAAAAUCAGCGACCAUUACGCGCUGCUCAUCUCCCACUGGGGCAAAGGCUCUACCAUCGGUGGGGAUUACAGUGGCGUGCGAAAUGUCAUCAUGUCGACCGGCCUUGGCCUGGGACAGACACUUGCUGCGCUAAAUGAUCCUAUUGCCAUGCUCAAAUUUGAGACGAGCAUGUCGCCGUUUGACAAGCCGUCUCUUCGCAGAGCCCAGGAGCUGCUGAUGUUGAUGAACCAGUCUCUCACAAAGGUGAUGCUCUCCGCCACCACUCUUCCCGUGGAGUACCAGCAGCGCCUGAUCAAGACUUCUGGCAUUGCCGACGAGGCGUCCAUCAGCAACAUCAUGUCGGUCCUCGUCCUUGCGAAGCAGUCGCUGCGUAGCGGAGCGCCGCUUCCGGAACGCCUCCCCACGCCGCUCAUCGGCACUUGCUAUGGCGACUUUUGCGCCAAACACGGCUUCGUGGAGCUGCGUCGCGAGUAUAUGGAGAGCGAAGAUUUUCGCGGCUACUGUGUCGCCCUAUCUGCGUACCUCACAUUCCUUCAUACUACAGAUAGCCUCGUCAGCUUGCUCAAGGAGACUGUUGGAGAGAGCCAUAUUGUCCAUGACUGGAGCGAGCUAUCUGAGAAUGUUUGA